AUGUCUUUAAACCAACCUUCUGUUUCUCUAAACUAUGCAACAAACUUAUUUUCUGGAAAUUCUUUAUCGACUAGUGACCAUGUUGAAGCCGAAAAUAUCAGAAACAGAGACGAGAUGGUAUUUAUUCCUCCAUUUGGGGUUCCUGCAAGUAUGCAGCAAAUCAAUAGGCAGUUACAUGUGAUGCCAGGUUAUUCAGAUGGUGAUACUGUUUUGACCGAUCCUCAAUUUAUUAAACAACCACUCCACGCCUACAGCUCGGAACAAAAUUCUCUGUAUCAUGGAUUAUCUCUCAGCUUGGGAUCUCGAGUACCAUCCUUGGUUCAGGGGCCGUCGAAUUUCAACCAGCACACAAACUCGAGUCUCUCCUCCCCAUUGAGUUUGCAUGCUGUACAUUCCCAGGCCCAGGUUUCUCAAAUCAAUGGAGUAAAGAAUGUUGAAUAUCUGUCAUUUGAUUUAGCUGGAGGGACUCGGGAUACUGUCAAAUAUGGAGCUGUCAACAGUGAUCAACUCUUGACAAGUCCCAGAGAAAUACAUUCUACGUCAUCUCCACGUGAAGCAACAGGAAUAACAAGAACGUUUUGGAUCUCAAAGUAUCUCAGUGCUGCUCAAGAUUUACUCAAUGAAGUAGUCAGUGUUCAUAGAGCUCUCGAAAAGCCAGAGAAACACCAGGACUUCAAUUCACUUGGUCGAGAUGGCUCCAUCGGGACGGAUGUGAAAGGGGACUUGAUGUCUUCUGAGCCUUAUGAGUUAACUAUCAAUGCUUCUUCUGAACUUUCACCUUCUAUACGACGUGAUCUACAAAACAAGUUAACAAAACUAUGGUCUAUGUUCGAUGAGGUAGAUACAAGAUACAAAUAUUAUAACCAUCAGAUGCAAGUUCUGGUAUCAUCGUUCGAAAUGGGGGUAGGGCGUGGUGCUGCCCAACCAUACACUACACUUGCCCGUCGCACGAUUUCCCACCAGUUCCGCUGCUUGCGUGAUGCAAUCAAGAGGCAUAUUCAAGUUACUCAAAAAAUGUUGGGGGAGCAAGAUGUGACUUCGCAUGGUCAAGGAGUGUUAUCUCGUCUUCGCUUUGUGGAUCAGCAACUGAGGCAACAAAAGGCACUUCAGCAGUUUGGUAUGAGUGGACAAUCUUGGAGACCACAGAGAGGCUUGCCUGAAAAUGCUGUUUCUGUCCUUCGUUCUUGGCUUUUUGAGCAUUUUCUUCACCCUUACCCGAAAGACUCAGAAAAAAUCAUCCUUGCAAAGCAGACAGGAUUGACUCGAAGUCAGGUUGCAAACUGGUUUAUCAAUGCACGUGUACGUCUUUGGAAACCCAUGAUUGAGGAGAUGUACAAGGAGGAGUUCCGGGAUGCAGAAGCAGAACCUAAGACUUCGCCAGAACAUGCAGCGGCAGCACAGGAGAAGUCUUCUUAUGAUGACAGAGAGGAAGAACUUCAGGGAAGCUUAAUGUCUUCAUCGGUGAAUGGCAAUCACAUGGCUCAGUCCAGUGAGUUUAUGACUGAUGUUAUUUCAAGUUCAGAAUGGAAUGAACAUGAAGCAAAAUUGAGCUACCAGGCUGGUCCUUAUCAAGACAAUGAACUUAAUUUCGGACUAACUGAAUUACAUCCAAAGAAACUACUUAAUGUGGCUGAUCAUAGGAUUUUCUCUGAUGAAAGAGUAUCGCACAAGAAGACUGGUUGUGGGAUUGUUGAUGCUGCUGGUAAUAGACAUGAUAUUUCCAUGUCGAGAAACACAAUUGGAAAUCAAGUGUCACUUGCACUGGGGUUGCAACAUUGUGAGAAAAAUCCCCACCCAAUAUCUGGUGGAAUGCAAGUGCGACCAAGCGAAGAUGGUGCUACAGCUUCUUCAAUGGGUCUCGAAAAAUUGGAAUACCGUUACAUGGACCCUGUAAAUCAACAGCACAGAUUUGCCAAUCCCAACCUGUUAUCGGAUUUUGUGGCAUGA